AUUUGGCGAGCGCCUUAAUUAAAGUUGGCGUUACUCGCCCUAUUUUUAUAAAUGUUUACCACUAAAUUCCCCAGAGGAUUAUCUUUUUGUGAACUAAGGUAUCAACCUAUAAGAUCGAAAGUCAGUUAGGGAAAACCUGCAAGAAUGACUUUCGAAAUUCGGAUGAAACUUACAGAGACGGAUGAUCCAUGGUUUCGAACCAGGCUAGUUGAUUCAACUGAAGAGGCGAAACAUAUUAUGAAGAAAUCAGCAGAGUUUUCUAAAGAUGAUGUUAUUACGGUUCCUCUCGAAGAUGAUUUGACGCUAGUAAAUGAAGUCCCAAAAGAACACCAAUCUGAAAGGCGUGUUAGAAUUUUCAUCCCAGCUAAACCUGCUACUCAAUCAGGUACUCAUGGCACUCGACUUUGGCGUAUUGAGUUCGACAAUCGGGAACGCUGGGAAAAUCCACUGGUGGGUUGGGCGAGCACUGGUGACCCACUUUCAACUACAGUUGUUGAAUUUGAAACUUCUGAAGCGGCGGAAGAGUUUUGCAAACGUCAGGGAUGGCCAUGUUACGUAGAAAGUCCAAAUAUUUUAAAAAUGAAUGUCAAGUCAUAUGGAUCCAAUUUUUCAUGGAACAAACGAACACGGGUUGGAUCGAAAUAAUGUUAUCAGAUUGCUCACAUUUUUCUUAUUGCUAACUUAAUUUAGCAGCUACUUCAGUUGUGACCUAUUUUAUUUUGCUUGCUAAUAAAUAUUGUAGAAAUAUAAAUUAAGUAUAUA